UCAUUAAAGCACUCAGAGCGCAGCUGGAGGUUUUAUACCGCUGAGUCUUUAAUUCAAAACAACAACUCAAAGAAAAAUAGGAGAAAGGACAGGAUUUUGGUUUGUCUCUGCUGACUUGAGUGUGAGCUUUUAUGUAAACGGGUUUGGACUCUUAAUUAAUCCGGAACAGCUGCAGUGUAUUUGGUGCAGGACGGUCUGCUCCUGAUGGACUAAAGUCGUUCCCGAUUUCAGUGAUUAAACCGUGUUUGAUUGUUUUGGUUUAAGUUGCCAUUCUCGACGCAGCGAUGUUGGACUCCGCCACCGUGAAUAAGAACGGAAUGGUGACCAAGAUCCACACGCGGAUCCGCACAGAGCAGUUUAAGACCAACUACGACCUGGUCGGUAAAGAGCUCGGCAGAGGGAAGUUCGCUGUGGUAAAGAAGUGUGUGGAAAAGGCCACAGGGAACGAAUACGCCGCCAAGUUCCUGCGCAAACGGCGGAAGGGUGAGGACUGCCGCGCUGACAUCCUGAACGAGAUCGCCGUGCUGGAGGCAGCCAAGGCCAACCCGUACAUAGUGGGGCUGCACGAGGUGUACGAGACCAGCUCCGAGAUCAUCCUGGUGCUCGAGUGUGCUGCCGGAGGAGAAAUCUUCAAUCAGUGCGUGGCCGAUAAGGAUGAGGCCUUCACGGAGAACGAUGUCAUCCGGCUGGCCCGGCAGAUUCUAACAGGCGUAGCUUACCUUCAUCGCAACAACGUCGUUCACUUGGACCUGAAGCCUCAGAACAUUCUGCUAACCAACUCUCAGCCCCUCGGUGACAUCAGGAUCGUUGAUUUCGGUCUGUCUCGGCGUGUGGACAACACAUCAGAAGUGCGUGAGAUCUUGGGAACUCCAGAGUAUGUAGCCCCUGAGAUCCUGAGCUACGAACCGAUCACGACAGCAACAGACAUGUGGAGCAUCGGUGUGCUGACGUACGUGAUGUUGACUGGCGAGUCUCCUUUCCUGGGUGAGGACAAGCAGGAGACGUACCUGAACAUCUCCCAGGUCAACGUCGACUACUCACAAGACGUCUUCCACGGGAUCUCGAGCCUCGCCGUGAACUUCAUCCAGACGCUGCUCCACAAAAACCCUAGAGAGCGAUCCACAGCAGACGAGUGCCUACAUCACCCCUGGUUAAACACCGACCCUCACGCCACCACAACCUCCUCUUCCUCUCCCACCACCACCACAACCACAACAACACUGGACGAGCAGGAAACCAGCCAAUCAGAAUCCGAGCCUGAGAGUCCUGACUCAUCUCCCGAGCUCCCUGACAUCCCGUUGUAUUCCACGUGUCCCGGACAAGGGGACCUGAAAACCGGCCGGGACACUUUUAUUUUCACCGAGCCGUUCCCUACUCGCCCCGAAAUGCAGCAGGAGUUGAUCUGUUAAAGUGACAGCCAUGUUGUCUAAUCACAAAGGAGCUCAGUUUGGGGCGGCAGGUUAAGAAAAGACACUGGUGUGAGCUGGCCCAUUCAGGUGUUUUUGGCUCUGGUGGUGUGUGUUUGUGUGUGAUAUUUAGAUAUGCACUUGAGAAGUGCCGUUUAACAAGACCUCACAGUAACUGCAAAUUGAUUAUAAUUUUAUUAUUAUUAUUAUUGUAAAAGGUUAGUUUCUGGCUGCACGCACUCCACGCACACACACACGCGCAUCAGUGUAAAUAGAUGCUUUUGUGGUUACUGAGUGUAUCUUGGUCUGCUGGUCGGAAUUGAAUUGUGGGUCCUGGAAAUCCAUAUCCAGAGAGCUGAACUCGCAACACCAAUGAGAUCAAAGACGACAGGUAGACAUUUGAUAAGACGGCCAUCUACCUGCUUCAAGACGGAUACUGAGGUGUAAGCUCGGACCCUUCACCGACAGAACGUUUGAUUGAGUAAUUCUCUUGGGACACUUCCAAGUUGGGAAUUGUAGCUUCUUAUUCUUUCUUACAGCACUUUUUAAAAAAAGAAAUGGCAAAUUUGCCAAAGACUUUGGUUCAGAUGAGCACAGUUUAAAAUUUAGUGUCCCCACAUGUACGUGUCCACACUCCAUCACUGUAACCUCUGCGUGUAUCACCGUCUCACGUGCCACAAACACCCACUUCUUCUGUUCCAGAUUUAAGGAGGUUUUGCUGUGGUUGCACAAGUUUAAUUGUAUAGUACUUAUGUUUUACAUGCCUUUUUUUUCCUUCUAUUCUUUCUGUCUUUUUUUUUAUGUAAUAUUUUCAUGCUCUCUAGAGAGAAAAUUGGCAUUCUCACAAGAUAUGGUUACAUUGUCUUGGUCUGUAAAAUGUCUCUGUGUCUCUGAAUGUCAGGGUUGGAAAGAAUUUGAAUUAGAUUUUUAAGCGACUCAACGAUCAUCGCCAAUUUUCUGAAAAAUCCAUAUGGGGUUUGUGGGAGACGAAUACAUUUUGAGGAGUGUAUAUAUGAAAAAGAAUUUUGUUUUAAGAUGGACUAUUGUGUAAAAUAAGUAUUUUUCUAUUUUUUUUCUGUUGUAUUUGAUAAUAUUGAAUAUGUAAGAAAAUAUAAAGAUUAUCUUAAUUUAGAA